AAUCCAUCUCAGGAUCUACAAAGAUGACCAUCAGCCAGGCCAAAACUAUAUUGUCAGCAUCUAAUGUACGAGCGCCUCAAAAUUAAGGAAAAAUUCUCAGUUAGUGUUAUAGUGUCUGAAGUCCAACAGAGGCAAAUUCCCACAAACGCAACCGUCCGCAAAAGAGGAUGAAGAGGCAGGCCAGUGCUCUGAGGAAUCUUCGCCAGAAAUGCGGUGGCAGUUACACCAGUGACGAUGACCUGCCAGAGGUCAAGUUAAUGCCCUCCCCGCUCAUUGGUGUGCCCUUUAUCCAGAGUCGCCUGAGGCCACCAAAAGCCCAGAAGGGCAUGUACUACAGCACAGAUUGGGAGAAGUCGGCGCUGGUGAGCAAUUUCCAGAAAAGAGGUUGGCAACAGGUGCCAUCGUUCAAUGGCGAAUGGAACUUUUACUGGGCCUCCACCCAGAAUUGUCGAUAUAUCUUCGGCAUUGACCAUCCGUAUCGCAUGCGAUCCGAUCAGGUGAUCAACCACUUUCCAAACUCCGUGGAGCUGUCACGGAAGGAUCUGCUGAUCAAGAACAUCAAGCGGUAUCGCAAGGAUCUGGAACGGAGAGGGGAUCCUCUGGCGCAAACCCAUUCGCCGGACACCAAACUGGGCAUUGGUGGCACUCGGUACAUGCACCUGGACAUCAUACCCAUGACCUUUGUCCUGCCCUCGGACUAUCUGCUCUUUGUGGAGGCCUUCCAUCGCAAUCCCGCCAGCACAUGGAUCGUCAAGCCGUGCAGCAAAUCGCAGGGUGUGGGCAUUUAUCUGGUGAACAAGCUGUCCAAGUUGAAGAAGUUCGCCUACGAUGCCCGCACAUUCUUUCCGCCAAUCAACCGGGAUACCUACGUCAUCUCCAAGUAUAUUGAUAACCCCCUGCUCAUCGGCGGCAAGAAAUUCGAUCUGCGACUCUUCGUCCUGGUCACAACAUUCAAUCCGCUGAAGGCGUAUCUCUACAAUGAGGGCUUCUGCCGUUUCUGCACCGAGAAAUACGACCAGACCGAGAUCGACAACGUCUUUAUGCACUUGACAAAUGUCAGUAUCCAGAAGACGAACCAAGAGUACAAUUCGAUACAUGGUGGCAAGUGGCCUCUCCAGAAUCUGUGGCUCUAUUUGGACAGCAUGCGUGGCGAGGGUGUUUCGGAGAUGCUGUGGACUCGGAUCAUUGAAACCAUCCGGCACUCCUUGGACGCAGUGGCUCCAGUGAUGGCCAACGACCGGCACUGUUUCGAGGUUUACGGCUACGACAUCAUCAUCGAUAACAACCUGAAACCCUGGCUUAUCGAGUGCAACACGUCGCCAUCGUUGCACUCGACCACCACGAACGAUCGCAUGCUCAAGUCGCGGCUGAUAGACAACGUCCUGGAUGUGGUGGUGCCGCCAAAAAGUUUACCCGAUGAGCACUGGGACAAGACGCCCGACCCGGAGCUUCUGAAGAACUUCACCGUACUGAAACCCAUUUCGGUCUUAGAGCCACCGACGGAAGUGCCCAUUCGGGGCAAGGUCAGAACAACCAAGAAACGAAAAACAAAAUGCACAGCUAUCAGCCCUACCGCAGUGAACUUAUCCGUUCCACCGCCGGCUGAAGGCGAACCAAAGAUUAGGAAGAGCACCAAGGAAAGGCGGUGAUGC